GCAUACCUGCCAGGGGGGGGGCCUUUCUUCCAUUUCUACAUCGAUGCCUCGAGAUCGCGCGUUUGAGAGUUGUCGGGGAUGAAUUGACGAGCGCGUCGAUGGUCUUGGCGACCAAGCGCUCAGCGGCACUCAUGCGGAAACCUCCUUCAUUUCGCACCAAAAAGGGAGCAGAUACGUGCUUGACGCGCUCAGGGCAGCCGAACUACUGGCGGGACGAGAGGAUGGCCAAGCCCAAGUGCUCUGAUUGCAUCCUUUCUCGGAGUCGCGAAUGCCGUUUCUCCAUCAGCGCACCUCGUCGUUAAAAGCGGAAGGCAUCCCCCUCACCCCUCUCCGUCGCUCCUCCUACCAGCGCAAGGCACUCAAGAAGGCCGCCCGCCGCCGCCAGCGCAGCUCCUCCGCUUAUUCGGCUCGCCUCAGUGUUUUUGACCUCGACGACCACGACGAGAACGGUGACGAAGGUUUCGACGAGCUACUGGGCCAUCUCGACGAAGUUGACCUCGAGGACCUAUCCGACGACGAGCCACACUCGCGAACGUAUCACGCUCAAGAGCACGACGAAGACGGAAACGCGCUUGACGACGACGACGAAUUUGUAGGCCGCUACCUACAGCGACGCGAUCCGUACAGAACCGAAGUCGGCACUUCUACGUCCAUAUCCUUACCCAAACGAUACUCGAUGGCAUCUCAAUCUGUUCUUCCUACGUCUGUCGUGGAUGAAGCUGGCAGCAUGUCGUCCUCUACCAACCAGAGCUCACUGGAGCGGUGGAAGACGCACCUCUAUCAAGACGUCGAUGGCGAACAGUCGACAUUCCCCCUCGUCGCGUGGUGUUUCAUGACCGGCUUCAUCAACUCCAUCACGACCUCCGCCGUGUUCGUCUGGGCCGCGUUCCAGACGGGCAACACCAUCCAGCUCUCACUCGCACUCGCGCGCCUCUUCGACGGCACACACAACUACACCUUCCAGCUCUCGGACCGCUUCGCACUCUGCUCGAUCCUGUCCUUCCUCGGCGGCGCGUUCAUUGGGCGCGUCGGCGACAAGAUGGGCGCCAAGACGCGCGCGUGGCUCGCGCUGGGGUCGUUCAUCCAGACGCUGUUUACUAUGGUGGCCGCAAUUGCGAUCUGGAAGAGCGGCGAGCCGAGUGUGGCUGUGGAGAGGGGGGAGAUCGCGUGGGGCAGUGCGCUGUCGUUUGUGUGUGUGGGGUUCAUGAGCGCGAGUAUGGGGCUGCAGGGGAUCAUGGGGAAGCGGAUAAACACGCAGUUUACGACGACGGUCGUCCUCACCACAACCUGGUGCGAGCUCGUAGCCGAGCCAACACUUUUCCACGUCCGCAGGCUCGUGCGCACGCGGGACCACAAGGCCAUCGCCAUCUUUGCGUGCUUCCUCGGCGGGUUCGCCGGCCGCGCCAUCCUGCAGGCCAUCGGGUCCGCGAAGACGCUCGGUAUCGGUACGGUGCUCAGGCUGUUGAUCACGGUUAGCUGGGUGUUUAUGCCUGCGAAGAAGAAGUGAGGGGGGCUGGGUCGGGUCGGGAUGCAGACGUCUGAUGGUAGGAUAGAGGAAAAUAUCUGGAGGGGGCGAACAGAGCGGAGUGGUUUGUCGUGGUGAGCCGCAGUAUCGUCGUGGAGGAGGGGUGGAGGAGCGCGUCACGAGGAAGGCGAUUCAAAAGCUGAAAUCACGCAUAGAUCGUGGAUUCCUCCCUCUAUUCUGCCUCAAAGGAGGUCAAGACUAGAGGGAGGACGCACUACAAGGGUAUCGUUGGAUUCAAUUGGGAUCAAGCCUUGUUGACGUCCAAUACGACGGCAUGCACGAACAACGAAUUCGAAACGCACUUCGUUUGACUUAUAACUUAUUUCCAUUCACGCAUCGCAUAGACACAUUACAUAGAUUCUGCUUUUGUUGUUAUACCGCUUUAUUACGG